CUCUCAAUUCCUCAUCCUGAAAGCUUCAGGAUAGCCAACAAGUCCGGGUACAAACUUGGUAUCUACUUUGCUCACACCAGUCCUCCUGAACAUCAGAGUAUCAAGAGCCAGAACUUUGUUUCCUGGCCAUCUCCAGCUGUUAUUGCACCUCCUGGCACAGGAAACAGGGCCAACUUCUCCCCUGGUCACCAGCACUGUUCAGCUAGUGUGCGUGCUGAGGAACCACAGAGCCCUGCAAUGGCCUUCAUGUGAAGUGGUUCAGACUAACAGGUGAUUUUCAGUGAAAGAAAAAAACGCCAAUGAGCUUCAAGGCCCAUCCAAUUGCACAUGGGAAAAACAAAUAGUCAUGACCAACCCAGGAGGCUCAGCCAGCAGCCAGGACCAGUUUCUGUGACUCAGUCUGAUGACAUUCAGCUGCUCUUUGUUUGGCUCUGCUUGGAAAGGAAGGCAGACUUGCUACUUGAGGAUGCGCCAUAGCGCAUCACCCCUUUGUGGCAAGAGACACCUGAAAGGAAAACUUCUGCAUAUCAAUGCACUGCCAAUGGUGGUGUAAUACCAGGGGCUGUACUGCUGCCACAUCACAAUUUUGUGGGGUUUCAGAGAGUAGUUCUGGGUUGUGUCCUUUGUUGUGACCUCAUGGUUUAACUGGGAAUAAAGAUGAGUAUAAGCAGUGAUGAGGUUAACUUCCUGGUUUAUAGAUACUUACAAGAGUCAGGGUUUUCCCAUUCAGCAUUUACCUUUGGUAUAGAGAGCCAUAUCAGCCAGUCCAAUAUAAAUGGUGCUCUGGUGCCACCAGCUGCUUUGAUUUCCAUCAUCCAGAAAGGUCUGCAGUAUGUAGAGGCAGAAGUCAGUAUUAAUGAGGAUGGUACCUUGUUUGAUGGUAGGCCGAUAGAGUCUCUCUCACUGAUAGAUGCAGUGAUGCCUGAUGUGGUACAGACAAGACAGCAGGCCUACAGAGAUAAACUUGCACAACAGCAGGCAGCAGCUGCUGCAGCUGCAGCUGCAACAAACCAACAGGGAUCAGCAAAAAAUGGUGAGAAUACUGCAAACGGGGAAGAGAAUGGAGCACAUACUAUAGCAAAUAAUCACACAGAUAUGAUGGAAGUAGAUGGCGAUGUUGAAAUCCCUCCUAACAAAGCAGUGGUGCUGCGUGGCCAUGAAUCUGAAGUAUUCAUCUGUGCCUGGAAUCCCGUUAGUGACCUUUUGGCCUCAGGAUCUGGAGAUUCAACAGCACGGAUAUGGAACCUCAGUGAGAACAGCACAAGCGGCUCUACGCAGCUGGUACUUCGACACUGUAUACGAGAAGGAGGGCAGGACGUACCAAGCAACAAAGAUGUGACAUCCCUAGAUUGGAACAGUGAAGGUACGCUUCUAGCAACUGGGUCUUACGAUGGCUUUGCAAGGAUAUGGACUAAAGAUGGUAAUCUUGCCAGCACCUUAGGUCAACAUAAAGGUCCAAUAUUUGCCCUGAAGUGGAACAAGAAAGGAAACUUCAUUUUAAGUGCAGGAGUGGACAAGACCACAAUUAUUUGGGAUGCCCACACUGGUGAAGCCAAGCAGCAGUUUCCAUUUCAUUCUGCACCAGCAUUAGAUGUUGACUGGCAGAGCAACAACACAUUUGCCUCUUGCAGCACAGACAUGUGCAUUCAUGUCUGUAAACUAGGACAAGAUAGGCCCAUCAAAACCUUCCAGGGUCACACAAAUGAAGUAAACGCAAUCAAAUGGGAUCCAACUGGUAAUCUUCUGGCAUCCUGUUCAGACGAUAUGACUCUAAAGAUCUGGAGUAUGAAGCAAGACAGUUGUGUCCAUGACUUACAAGCACACAACAAAGAAAUUUAUACUAUCAAAUGGAGUCCUACGGGACCAGGAACAAAUAAUCCAAAUGCCAAUCUUAUGUUAGCAAGUGCAUCCUUUGAUUCUACUGUUCGGUUAUGGGAUGUAGACAGAGGAAUCUGUAUUCAUACUCUGACAAAACAUCAAGAACCUGUGUACAGUGUAGCUUUCAGUCCUGAUGGCAGGUACCUGGCCAGCGGCUCCUUUGAUAAAUGCGUACACAUCUGGAACACACAGACAGGUGCCCUAGUUCACAGUUAUAGGGGAACAGGAGGGAUUUUUGAGGUUUGCUGGAAUGCAGCAGGAGACAAAGUUGGAGCAAGUGCUUCAGAUGGUUCAGUUUGUGUAUUAGACCUACGGAAAUAGCGCUACUAGUUGGAAGCCAUGGACCGACUAUGAAUGUGUACAUAGCCAAAAUGACUGUCCCUGACCCAUGUACUGCUAUAGUCCCAAUUGAACCAUGGCCAGUCCACUACAGCCAAACGUAAAAGAAAUAUAUACAUAUACUGUAUAUAAAAAUAAAGUUACACCCUGAAGAGGAUGACAGAGUUUUGUCACAGCUUGUGAAUCCCAUUCACCAAGUGCUGGAAUCUGCUGUGCCCCAAAAUAACAUUUUAAUGUUUUGGAUAUGAAAAACAGAAGAGAGAGCGAGAGAGAGAGAGAGAGAAAUAUACCGUAUACAAGAGCAGACCCAUAUACAUACCAAAUUCAGAAGAUAUAAUGGCAGCCUUCAUUACCCCUUUUCCCCUCUUAAUCCGCUAUGACAAUGGAUUGUGGGGUAUCUUUUUUUUUUCUUCAUUCUCCUUCUCAGUAGCUGAGCAGUUUGUGUGUACAGAGAAAACGGACUUACAGAAAUCUGCAGCAGUAGUUUUUUCUUUGCUUUUAACCAUUGGGUUUUCUGUUUUGUUUUGGUUAAGUUUACGGAUGCAUGAAGUAAGGGAGUGAAUUAGUUUCUUGUUUAUGUUCUUUUUUAUCACCUUGGGAAAAAAAAAACACAAAAAAACACAAAAAAAACAAAAAAAGAUGUUUCUUUGAAACAUAUUUGAAUGCAUUCUUUGAGGAGGUAGAUUGAACCUGACGGUGUUUGGUACAUUUUGUGACUCCCAGAGCACAAUUUUGUGAACAGAAGGAGGGUGGAAAAGGGUUGUGGAGAGAGAAGAAAAAAAUCCUUCUUUGAGGCUUUAUUUUACGUCCCGCUCAUCUACAUAGUGUGACAGCGUUGGGUAUGAUGCGGUGUUUUAUUUUCUGGUGAUAUGGCUGGAAUGCAGCAGUAUCUUAUUUGGGACGUAAUUCUGCCAAACCUAAGAAUAGAAAGGCACAAAAGUACAGAAGUGAAACAUACAGGGAUGCAAGAAAAAGAAAAAAAAAAAGAAAAAAGGAAAAAAACAAAACUACAAAAAAGAGGAAAAUGAAAUUGCAUCUUCUGUUGCUUUAAGACCAUAGCUAAAAUAUGGUUAAAUAUGGUUAAAUUGUGCACUAUUAUGACAAGGAGCAAACUAUAGCUGGGGGAUUUGUUAAGAUCGUUCUGGACAAGGGUUCAUGCCACAGCUUCUCUGGGAGUUGCCCAUCGUUAUUUGUAGGAGCUUAGAUGUAUAAUUGUAACCAAACUCCAGUAUUAAAAGUGUCUCAUGUAAUUUUUCUUUAUUAAAAUCUUUGGCAUAUAUUUGAUAACACUGCCAUUAAGAGGCAAAAUGUUUACUACCUUAGAUUUAAAAGAAAAUAUCUUAAACAGAGGACUUGCUUCAAGUUUAUUUUAAUAGCAGUGAUUCAGCUUAUUUAAAAGAUGAAUACUUGCACUAAUUCCCCUGCUGCUCCAGUCCUGCAGUUUGUUGUAUCACGUGACUACAAUUUUUUUUUUCCAAAUAUAGGGUAGAUGUAAGCUGCUAUUUUUUUAAUAAUCACUACUAUAUAGUGUCUUUUACUCUGUUUACAAUAUCGAGUAUUUUUCUUACAAUGACAGAUGUAUAUGGCAAACCUUUUUCUGCUCAUGUGAUUAAAAAUAUACUGAUAGUGGUUUUAUUUGUAAAUGAUAGCAUGAGUUUGUGUUUACGCGUACGUGUAGUUGAGGAGGUUGCAUCACGUCCUGCAUACAAGUCCAAGAGUGUAAAUUUAUACAGAGGAGAGGUUGUCAAAUUUGUGUCCCAGGCAUUUUACUUAAGGAAUGGUUUAUAUUACAGAGAGAGCUUUGUGAAGUUAUCAGUUUUAUAACACUAUUUCAAUCACAAAUAAUUUUGUGGCUCAUGAUUGCGAUAUUUUUUUUUCCUUCUGUUUUUCCCCUCUGAGUUAUGUAGAAAUUGAUUAAAUCCAGAUAGUGCAGCUUUCACGUUUUACCAGUGGUCCUUUAGGCAUUGAUUUCUGCUAUUUCCAUGGAAUAAACAUGACUUGAAGCAAGUCUGAGUUUGACUAAGGUAGGGGAGCAAUUUGCCAGCGGUAAAGAGAAGUCAACAAUGCAUUCUUUAUAUAUACCCCUGGAAUGUAAUAUUAUCAUAUACAGCAUUUAAAAACAAGAAAAAAAUCGUAUCCAUAAAGGCAGUCAUCCGUGAUGGUUCAGUGCCAGCUGUUUUUAGGGUUUGGGAACAUAUUACAAAUGUUUAGAGCAAUUACUCGGUGAGUUAAGAGUACGUAGGAAGCCUAAUAUAUUGAGUGUCUGGCACUUGAAAUGUUGCUUUUAUUGCUGGAGGUCCAUGACUGUGGCUGACCUCUGUCAUUAAUGAAAAAAAAAAAUAAUAAAAAAAUAAAAAUUCUGUGCAAUAAUUUUAAACCGUGCUCCCAGGAAUAGACACAAAUGUUUUGAGUAUGUUUAAGCUGCAUUUUUCGUUUAGCAUUGCGUUUGUCAAUUGCACUGAAUUUAAACCUGAAAGUCAGAGGUGAUUCUUGAUAGUACUUUUGUAUUUUAAUAUGGACGGUUUUAUUCAUUUUCAUAAAAGUCAUUGGAUGAUUCUUUCAGCCAAUCCAAACAGUCGUGGUGGAAUUCUGUGACAUAGCUGCAAAAUCACACAGCCAUUUUUAGGGUAUUGCCAUUUUUCCUCUUUCUCAGUCAUCAGCUGUUUUGGUUGUAAUUCUAGUUGCUUAAGCAUAGUAUCACAUAUUCAUAAAUAGAUACAACAGAGCUUUGGUCUCGGAGGUCCAGGGUUUUCAGGUGCUCGAAGCAUAGUCCAGCAAUGCCAGAUGUGUUGACUUGAGAGCUCUGGACACGCAGGCUAACGCCCCAACCCAGUGUUAAUGCGCCGUGCCCACCGCAGCGGAGUCAUGCCAGGCCCCACAGCAGCGGGUCUGGCUGUAGGUGUUUUAUUGUUGUCCUUUACUAGCAUGCCACAGUGCUGCUCCUGCUCACACCUCUUUUUGCCUCUUGUUUUAUACACUGUUAAAUGCAUGCAUGCCAGGUGUGCUAGGUUCUGUGAUUCUGUGAAGUAAAAAGAAAAAAAAAAUCACAAAAAAAAAAGAAGAAAACCAUAAAUUUAUUGCAUUUUAUAGCACAAAGACCUCGUAUUCAAUAGUGAGGUAGACUAUCCAAAUUUUUCCUUUAAAUUGAGUAUGCCAAAUGUCGGUAAGAGCCUAAUUUUGUAUCAGUGUAUGCACAUGCUUAGUCUUACAUAGAGAUUAAUUCUGUUGCUCCUGUUUUCAGAGUCUGAAGGCAAAUGUGUGCAUAGGCCUUUGCCUGCGUGGAAGUCACAGUCUUUUCCAUUCAGCCUGUCAAUGGGCAGACGUCCAAGUAGAGGAUAAAAGGAAGGGGAAAAACUGGGCUCAAGAGUGAAUGCUGGAAUAAGGAAGGAACUGCUCUUCAGUUUGCUGUUUUUCUAUGCAUCGACGUCAGAAUCCCGUUGCUCGUUUCUGCAUAGUUAGGUCCAGGUUUCUGUAGAAUUCCUCUUUUUCUAUUUUGCUUUAUCUUUUCCUGCGUUUUUAAAUCGAUGUAAAGAUUCCCAACCAGUGGACUUUUUAGUGUAGUUAAGAGAAUAUCUAGGUCCUCGUAAAAAAAGCUUUUUUUAGACUCUUUAUAAUGUUGAUAAACUCAGUUUAUUCUGGGACUACAAUUGUGCAGGGUUAUUUAGCGUGUCUACUAGAUGAUUGGAAAUCUUAUAUGAAACACUAAAAGUGCCUCUUUUUCUGGGUUGGGUGGAGGGAGGUAAUAGUUACCAGAGUCAGAAUGACAUGGCAUUUUGAAGCAUGUUUCUUCAUUUCAUGACACUUUAAUGCAUCUUGAGAGAAAGGCCAAAGAUUUCUACCAAUUUUAAUUAAUUUUCCUUUUAAAAGCACUCCUUUUUCCUUACACUGCUUACCUCAUGCUAGGGCGUGUUUAAUGGGACAUUGUACCUUUGAGAUGUUCUUUGUGUUCAGGAAGAAGGGUUGGCAGAUCCGGGUGGCUGUGCCAUUUUGCCCACAGAGCAAUCUUGCAGCUGAGGCCUUCGGUUCUGCUGAAUGAAGGAAUCUCCUUAAAACCGCAAACUGGGUUUUUCAGCUUGUAAAUAAAAGGUUGUAUGUUUUUGUCCGUUCGGCAAAGAGGAGCCUUGGGACCCAAUUUUCCAAUCUUGACUCGAUCAGAAAUCCCUUUGUCUUUUCACUUCAUGAGAAAACUUUGCCAGAAUAAGCAUUGGAAGAUAUGUGGAUCUGUGUCACAGCACGCCAUGUAGGCCAGGCGAGCGCCUCGCUGGUGCCAGAGCAGGGCUGUGCUGGAGUAGGGCUACUGCACUUAGCCCAUGUUCCUUUCCAAUGAGGAGCCUUGUCUUCUAACCUCACAAAGCCCUGUAGAGCCAUUCCCUGGGGGGAUCAUUUCGCACUCUCCAGAAGUCUGAAGAAAGCAGAAGCAACAUUGUGGCAUGUUAGAAGCAAAUAAGGCUUCCGGAGACAGCAGUAAAUCUCCAUCAAAGAUCCCUGACAUUUUCCUUAGGGAGAGAGCCAAGGAGCAGUCUUCACAUCUCCCUCUAGAGAAAGCUCUGAAAUCCCACGUUCUGUGAAAGCGUGGCUGUCUUCGCUGUCGGUCUGGAGGCAGACAAGGCAGGAAGAUGUGCCACGUCUUAACAGAAGGCGGAUUUAGUGUUAAUAGUGCUUCAGAUCAGUAGUUUUGAGUACAUGCUCUUUUUCUCUGCCUUUAAGUUUGCAGCUUGACAGUAACUUAAGGCACGUUUUGUUUCGUUUCCCUUUUUUUUUUAAUUAAUCAUUCAUUUUUACUUCAUGAUGUUUUUGUCAUUUGUGGGUAAAUACAAGAAAACAGUCUGCAUGUUGUUGCUAGUCCAGUGUACUUUGCAAUCUUGUCCUCAACAGACUGCAGUGUGCAGAACAGUAAUUCUAGAAUACAGAAGUAAUUUUCUCUCUCUCCUGACAUUGACAUUGUAGUUGUAAUGGUUUCAUUUGGAGUUACAAAUCCUUUGGGUCUAAUUCUGUGAGCCUACCUAUAGCACUGGAUUAAAAUGUCUGCAUCAUUUCUUCAGUUAUCCAGUUAAACUACAGCUGUUGUAAAAGUGUAAACCAGCCCAUGACAGUUUUUUGUACUUGUUUAAAGGACUUUUAUUGUUCAGUUUUCAUGAUUAUUGUCUAAAGAAGACUGAUAUAGAUGUUCUAUACUGUCCUGGACCAUGUUAAUUACACUUUAUGAUGUAUUUUGGUUCUACAUCACAAUGAUUUGUCCCCAAGGCCCUUAUAUCCCUUCUAGGCACAUUUUCUGUUGCAGUUUCCCUUUGCAUUGUAUUGCUUUGACAACUGUAAUUUGAAUCAGAUCUGAAAGAGGUCCAGAAUAAAAUAUAUUUUGAUAUUA